UCUGAGCCACUGAACGAAACCUCCUCGUCUGAGGUAAAAUGGCGUUAGAUGGCGAUGAGACUGAUGACUUUAUUGUGAGUAGUGUGGUACAGUGAAACCUCGUUAACACAGACACUCCGCCUUCCGACCAAUUAAUGUUUGGUAACACCUAAGGUUCGUCAGUCCGGAAUAAUGUUAAUGCGGACAUGUACUUUUGAAACGGUAACCUAGGUGUCAAGCACGUUUCGUCGUAUUUAUAAGGUGUUCUGGGGUCCUUCUAGCUGAAUGAGGCAUGUCUCGUUGAAGAUCGUGUUUCUGAAGAUCAGCAACAUCGACACCAUCAAGGAGGAGUACUCGGCAGACAUCUUCCUCUCAGCCAGAUGGCGGGAACCUGCACUAGACAGAACCAACAAGGAGACCAAGAAAAUCAACUGGGAGUCGUACUUCGACCCCAAGCUCAACAUCCAGAACAACAUCGGGGAGUUAAAGCAGACGACGUGGCGGGAGUUGCAGACGGAGGCGGGAGGGGAGACGUAUGUGAUGGAGAGACGCCGCAUCAAGGGCAUGUUCUUCGAGAAGCUGGAACUGCAGGACUUUCCCUUUGACAUCCAAGAUCUCUCCAUCCUCAUCACCAGCGAAUCCCCGCCGACUGAUGUGGAGCUUAUGGAGUUCACCUCGUCCAUCAGCCACGUCAACGUGGACAGCUUUGUUGAUCAGCAGGAGUGGGGGUUGUACGACUUCGUGGUGGGCGAGCAGCGUCUCACGCCAAAUGAAUACAGCAGCGUCAAGUACAAGCGUCCUGGCUUCGUCUUCCGGUGCUGCGCAGUCAGGAGGGUCGGCUACUUCACGUGGAACAUCAUGUUGGUCAUUGCUAUGAUAAGUUCUCUGUCAUUUGCCGCCUUCUCCGUUGACCGCGAACUGCCCCAGAGGCGUCUUCAGCUGUCCUUCACCUUGAUCCUCACCAUGGUGACCUUCAAGUUCGUGGCCUCGCAGUCAGUACCCAAGCUCUCCUAUCUGACGUAUCUGGACCGUUACAUCCUUUUGUCGAUGUCGUUCCUGUUCCUGGUCUGCGGUUGGCACGCUGUCGUAGCGUUGUAUAAAAGUGACGACGCCACCGCUGGCCUCAUGGACUACUACGCUUUCAUCACCUUCGUUGUUGUGUAUCUGUUCGGGCAGCUGACCUUUCUGACCAUCGUGUGGACAAAGUUCGUGUUGAAAAAAAGACAAAAAGAACGUAUGGAGGAAGAAUACCAGAAAAAACUGGAAAGUAUGCCAACGUGGGAUCGACCGCAAAAGCGUAAACGAAAACACAAGCAUUUCAUGAGCAUCAACCCGUUCACAUAAACAACAUGUUAGCGUUCUGGGCUGUAUCGACGUCACUGUACUCCGACAACGUUGUUCGUUGUUCACGCGAUCAGCUACUAGUGUGUCUGGUCCAGAUCCGGGUACUUACAAGAUGCCACGAUAUAGAUGCUCUAAACUACAGUUCCUCGUAAAACAACAUUCACCCACACUUGACCAUUCACAGUCAUGGGACCUGGGAUAGUUAAUCGGGAACUUCCUCUUGGUGACUUAUCUCCAUCGUCGAUGCUGUCGUGACUUGAAUUAUUCAUAUAGGCUAAAGUAUCGCCUGUGUGAUAUUGUAUUUUAAUUGACUUUUGUUAGAUUGUGAAACCGUGAUAUGGUGUACAAAUAUAGUAUAUGAAAUAAAAUAAAGACAUCUU